CCGUUUGAAAUAUUUGGAUAGCCCCAAUUCAUGGGACCAUAAACUAAGAGCGUAAGAAUACAAUGUUCUGAAGAGGAAAAUAGUUGCUGGGAGGCAGAGAGAAAGGGGGAGAAAUGGCUUCAGGGUGGGGAAUAACGGGAGGAAAGGGACGAUGCUACGAUUUUUGGAUCGAUUUCAGCGAAUGCUUUUCGCGCUGUAAAGAGCCCAAAGACUGUGCUCUCCUUCGCGAGGACUACUUUGAAUGCCUUCAUCACGGCAAAGAGUACUCCCGGAGGAAUGCCGUCUACAAAGAAAAGCAACGGCAGCUGAGAGAAGCCGCUCAGAAGGAAAAGGGAGGGGAAGCAGGGGAACACCAUACCUAGAGAACAUGAAGACAAUAAUUUUUAAGAUCAAGUUCUCAUUCAUGUCCCCUUCUUUUAAUUUGAAAUUUUAGACAUUUAUUGUUAACUAUCCCAAUGCUGCAGAGGUGCUGUACCUGUGUUCUGAAACAAUUCAACAAGGGCUUUAAUAGCAGAAACAUUUGAUAAACGAUGCUUAUCAUGGUUUGCAAUACGUUCUUAUUUAUUUUCUUUUGAAGAAUAACAGAGGUUAGAACAGUGAACCUCAUCUUGUCAUAAACAGAAAGCUUUAAUGUCAUAAUGUCAUAUGACGUUAUGUUAGCAGUGGUUACAUUGCAUGAUAAGCAUUUGUAUGUUUGGAAAAAUAUCUUGUGUUAAUUGAAGGCUUCCAAGGCGGUUCAAUUAAAUAUUUUGUUUUUUUGCC